GUCAGCAUUGAGUGAUCCAGCUGGCUAGUUGUCAAUGUCAAUAUUCAUUGUUUGUAUGUUUUCGAUCGUGUAGAAGUUUUCUGUUCAAAAAGUAAAAAAUAUGUCUCUGAGUCUUCUCCUAGAAGAAUAUGACGUAUCCACUGAAGAAGGGUUGGCUAAGGCUCUUGGUGAAAUUGAAAAGGAAGAGGCUGAGGUAGAUGAAGCAUUAGCUGGUGUGCUAUCGAGAGCCUGUGACCUUGAAGACCGUCUCCGGACGGCCAGCCAUGCGUACACUAGACUUGGUGAGGUGAAAAACGAUGCUCAGACUGCAUCAGAUAUGGUGGAUAAAACAGCAGCUUUAGCUAAAGAUGUCAGUGCCAAAGUGAGACAACUAGAUCUUGCUCGGUCACGAGUUGCAGAAUGUCAAAGGCGGGUGCAUGAUCUGAUUGAUCUACAACUAUGUAGUGCAGGAGUGGAGGCUGCCAUCAAAGCACAUGACUAUGAAACUGGCGCGGGCCACGUGGCGCGGUUCCUGAGCAUGGACCCGGGCUCGGUGGCGGCGGCGCGGGCGCGCGGGGCGCCGGACCCGCGGCACGCCAUGACACGCGCCGCCGACACGCUAAGGGACCACCUCGUGCGCAAAUUCGAGGAGGCGGCCCGCAAGGACGACGCGGCGUCCGUCGAGCGGCUGUACAAGCUGUUCCCUCAGAUCGGCCGCGCCGAGGAGGGCGUCGAUUUACUCGCCAAAUAUAUCGCGGCUCAGACGGAGGCGGCUAUAAAGCGCGCGAGCGCGACGGCGGAGCCGAGCGGCCCCGCGGCGGCGUGCGCGCGCGUGCUGCAGGCGGCGGCCGCGGCGGUGGAGCGCGCGCGCCGCACGCUGGCCGCCGCGCCGCCCCCGCCCCCGCCCCCGCCCCCGCACCCGCACUCGCCCCCGCACUCGCCCCCGCGCGCGCGCCUGCCCCGCGCCCUCGCCCUCAUCCAGCCAGUGGUAUCGGCGGCGUGCGCGCGCGCGCUGGCUGGGCUGGCGGCGGGGGCGGGGGCGGGGGCGGGUGUGGGGGGCGCGGGGGCGGGGGCGCCGUUGGAGCCGCGCGCCGUCGAGCCCGCGCUGGCGGAGCUGGCCGCCGCCAUCAACACCAUCACGCUGUACUUCGCCUUCCUGCGCAGGAAAACACAGAUGGACGCCGCCUCCUCGGAUGAAGAAACGCAACGAGCCUGUCAGGAGGCAGUCGAGAAGAUCAUCGCAGAGAGUGAUCUCACGAGAACAGCCCAAGAUUUACUGGGACAAUAUCUAAAACUAGAGAGAUAUUUCCUGGAAGAGAACGUGAACAAAGCUAUAAAGAUGGCGACCCCUCAACCUGGUUCGACCACCUCCAACCUCGUCGACGACAUCUUCUUCAUCGCCAAGAAGUCGAUAAGGUUAGUGUUCGCAUAG